CUCUGGGCUGGGAGGGAAUUCAGGGAUCACCUCAUUCCAUGUCCUGCCACGGGCAGCGACACCUCCCACUAUCUCCAAGCCCCAUCCAACCCGGCCUUGGGCACUUCCAGGGACGAGAAGCGGGGAAUUCCCCAGCACAGCCAGAGCUUGUCUGCUCUCCCUGUUGUGAUUCCAUGUUUCUUUUCCCAUCCCAUCCCACUCCAGCUCGCUGCAGCCGCCCCAAGGCCGUGGCCAACGCUCACAUCGACGCCGGGAACCGCACGGAGCUGAACUCCCGCCUGCGCUACGCCUGCAACCCCGGCUACAAACGGAAAGCUGGGACCUCCAGCCUCAUCCAGUGCAUCCUCUGGAACGGCUCCGAGCCCCGCUGGACCCACCCCACGCUCCAGUGCAUCCGAGAUCCAGCUCUUUCCUGGGAAACCCCCGCCCUGGAGAGCACGACCCAGAGGGCAGGUACCACAGGUGCCACCCCAAAUUCCAGCCCCUCUCCAGCUUCCAGCCAGUCCCCUGUGCCAGCAGCAGCUGAUGGGCUGUCACCAGAUGGAUCCAGGCCAGCGGAGAUGGUUCCAACACUGGACACACCCAGGCUGGGAGAGGGGACAACCCCGCUGCCCAUCCCUCCCACGGAUUAUGCUGCAGUUUCCAUCCAGUCCGUGGUCUCUUCUGUUGUGUCCAUCCCACAGGACUCCUGGUGCUGCUGGCCACCGGGACUGCGGCCGUCUGCUGCUGGAGGAGGAGGAGGAGGAAAUUCACCAGGCAGGGCUACACAGUGACAGAGCCAGACAUUCCCAUGGAGGGAAUUCCCUCUGGGAACGAGGAGGUGGCACCUCCUGCCAUUGUCCCCACGGGCUGAGCACCCACCCUGGGGACACUGAGCACCCACCAUGCCCAGGGAUGGAGUUCUGGAUGCUUCCCUGAGGGGUGGCACAGCACACGGAGCAGCCGGGCACGCGUGGCUGCUCUUCCCAGCCUGAACACAGAUGAUUCCCAUGGAUCAUCCCAAAGCCACGGAGGCAGAGCCAGAGGUGUUGGGACCAUCCCACCCCAGAGCCCAGGGAUCCUCUGGAAGCGCUUCCAGCACCAAUCCCAGCUCUGGAUCCUGAUCCCCACUGGCUCAGGGGGAACCCAAGCUGGAGCAGUC